AUGGUAUUUUCUCUGAAAAGUUUGGAAUUUCUUCAAGGCGUCGAGCCAUUCCGACUCGAAACCGAAAUUGCCGAGAAAAUCGAGGAAGAUGCUGCGAUAUCGGCGGAAACCGACGCCGGAAUGUCGCUGAUGCUUGGUAAACCGAUUUUCUGAACCCUUUUUAAUCGGAAAUUGAUAAUUUUCAGAAUGGAAAAUGCGAUUAUCGGAGGAUUCGGACAAGUGCACGACGUGCGACUGUCCCGUCGAUUUCGGAGAUCGCGCCGCCCUUCUCGAGCACUAUCAGUCUCAGUUUCACAGGUUUUGCCUUAAACAAACUCGCAAUCCUUGAAAACCGCAAGAUUUUAGGACAAACACACUCCGAAAAGCGAAGAAUCUGCAGGUUUACACCGAAGAAGACUUUGAAGGAAUUGACACAGCCGAAAAUGGUAUGGAAAGUGUCCAGAUGCAUUUAAAGUGUCUCGUUAAGAUCUGUCGCGGAGCCAGUCGCUGAUCGGAUUGGAAUCCGACGACGAAGAAUUCGACGCGCUCCUCCUGCCCGCCAACCGAUCGUUUUUCAUAAGAAACGACCAAGUGUACUCGGUUCCCAGAAAUAUUCUCCAUUCCGAUGAAGUCGACGUCUCCGCAGCCACUUUUAGUCGCCCUUUCGAUUGUGCGAUCUUUCUGUGGAACGGAGGACACUUUGCGGCGGCCGUCUACGAAAAGUAUGGCGAACAACCUUUCGUUUCCGCAUUGAAAAGCUCGUUUUCAGUGAUAAAAUGACGCUGCAGAAGUCGUUCCAUCGAUACGUGGCUCGUGCGAAGCAGGGAGGCGUUCAGUCGCAGCACGAUUCAGGCGGAAAGGGAGCCGCGAAAAGUGCGGGAGCACAAUUGAGACGGUAAACAUUCAGAAGGACCCCCGAGCACAUUUUCCCGUCCCUUCAGGUACAACGAGCAAAAGAUGAAGGAGGAGAUCCAGUCGAUUCUGGCCUCGUGGAAGCCGCGUCUUCAGAAGUGCCCGCUUCUGUUCAUCCGCUGCGCCGCCUAUCAUCGCAACGUCUUUUUCGACGCCGACGGAUCCAUGGAAUCGUCGCGAGAUCCACGCGUCCGAACUAUUCCGUUUGAGACGAAACGACCGUCGAUCGACGAGAUCGCCGACUGCUGGCAACGGUUGCAGCACGUUCAGGAGCAUGGAAACGAAGCGGGCUUCCGCGCGGAAAUGCUCGAGAUCCGCGAGAAACGAAAGCGAUUGGCGCGGAAAGUGGCUGGAAAGAAGCGACGAGACGGCGGAAUGCAGAUGAUUUGCGAGUGGAGCGACGAAGACGAAGAGGCGGAAAAGGACGCGGACGGGAAGCGGAAGGCGGCAAGGAUUCGAGUGCGGCCGAUGCGGAAGACUGCGGAAGAGGCGGCGGUUCAGUGGCCGAAUCUGGACGACGACUGGCGGCACAAAACGUACAAUCUGGUGAGGAUGGACGACGUUGAAGCGCUGAAAAGCCACGUGGAGGCGGAGAAGGAGGAGGCGCUGGACUACCUGCGCAACGCGAAAAUGCCGCCGAAUCGCUCGACGUUCGUGCAUGUGUCGGCGGCGCACGACGCCCGAAAGUGCCUGAAGUACCUCCUAUCGGAAGUGCUCUGCGACGUGGGCGCCAAGGACGGAGCGGGCCUCCCGCCGUACUCUUCCUCGGCCAACGCGGAGAUCAAGACGAUAUUCGUGGAUUUUCGUGUGCGGAACGAGGCGAACGGCGUCGGCAACUGGGGACGGACGCACAUUCCGGAGCCGAAGAAGAAGGUCGAGUUGAGUGAGGAGCAGGAGAAAGAGCAGGCGGAGAAACGGAAGGAGAAGAAGGCGAGACAGAGGGUAGAGAUAGAUGAUAUAAUUAUUUAUGAUAAGAUGAGGGGUUUAGGAGAAGGAGAAGCAGAAGAAAGAGGCGGCGAAGAAGGAGGCGGAAGAGGUGGAGGAGCGGAGAAAGUACGUGGCGAUGACGGAGAGAGAGAGGAGGGCUCUGGCGGUGGAGAGGCGGUUGGCGGGGCUUCCGCCCGUGCUCAGGUGCCAUCAGGUGAGCCUGAGAAUCUUCUGGAAGUGGGAAAACUCUUUCGAUUCUUGCAGUGCGGCGUCCAUCUUCCGGGCACUCCCUUCCAGUACUCGCACUUCAAUUUCUGUUCGACGGCUUGUGUGGCCGCGCAUCGGAAAGCCAAUCCCUGA